AAAAAAAAAAAAAAUGCCACUUAAAUUAGAAAUUCAAGAUUUAUCGAAAUAUGUUAUAAUCCUUACUGGUGCAACUGAUGGCAUCGGUAAAGAAAUGGCGAGGAUUUUAGCCAAAUCUAAUCCCAAGCGAUUGAUUUUACCAGCUCGUAAUAUAGAAAAAGGAAAUAAAUUAUUAGAAUAUAUUAAAUCUUCUAAUGGGAAUGCAAACAAUGUUGAAAUUUGGGAAAUGGAUCUAGCAGAUUUACAAAGUGUAAAAAACUUUGCUAAUAAAUUCAUUAAAGAAGUCGGAGAAUUACAUAUUUUAAUUAAUAAUGCAGGAUUAAUCGUUCAGAAUCAAAUAAUUAAAACGAAGGAUAACUUGGAAAUACAAUUUCAGGUCAAUCAUUUAGCACAAUUUUUACUUACUUUAUUGUUAUUGGAUACAAUAAAAAAAUCAGUUUCUGCUGAAUUACCUGGAAAAAUUGCAUUAACUAGUUCAGGAGCCAAUUAUUUUGGUGAAAUUGAUUUUGACAAUUUAAACCUUGAAAAGGGUAAUUAUUGGAAUUUUCUUAAAUCCUAUGGAAAUACGAAAUUGAUGAAUGUUAUCGUUGCCAAGGAAUUAGGCCGUUUAGUUCAAAACGAUAAUAUUACAACAUAUUCGCUUCACCCUGGUGUAAUUCAAACGAAUAUAAGUCAUUUAAAUAGCUCCUUCUCGAAUAUUAUAUUUAGAUUUCUUAUAAGAAUAAGCGGAGAAAUAACAGCUGAACAAGGUGCCAUCAAUACUCUCUAUCCCGUAUUUUCUCUCGAAAAUAAAGAAACGGGAAAAUAUUAUGAUGAAGGUAUUGAAAAGGAACCAAAUAAAGUUGCUAAUGAUCAAGAAGUUGCAAAGAAACUAUGGGAUGUUUCUGAAAAAAUAUUAAAAGAUCAUGGAAUGAUUUAAAAGUUCGAUUUUUUUUUU